UUUCCCAUCCUCACAUUCAUCUAACUCUUCGUCAGUUGUGGCAUCCUAGUAUUGCUAGUACUCAGAAACCAAAUCAUUCAUGUUGCUCUCUGCCUCAGUGAACUCCAUUUCAUCCAUUCCCUCUCAUGUGUACCAAUGCAAGAAAGCCUUCCUGUGGAACAUAGCCGUGAACUGCUCAUUGACCCUCAGGAACAUCUCCUGGAUCAAUGUGGAGUUCCUACUGAAAGUUGAGGCCAUUUUCAAACCUGUGGGGGGAAUGUCACAGACAAUGGACUUGACAUUGUUGGGGAUCCACUCAACAAGUAGUAGGAUGAAUUCUUGUACUGGACAUUGAUAUGUCUU